UUUUGGAUGUAAACACACCGGGAGGAAAGUAAACAGCAGAAAAGCACAGACCAAAUCACGCGACAUGGGAUCAUCAAAGAAAAGCAAAGAUAAAGAUCGGGAGAGGAGUAGAGACGAACGAAAGGAGAAGAAGAAGAAGCACAGAGAGAGAUCGGGAUCGAGGGAGAGAGAAAGAGACAGGGAAGGAAGACAUCAUCACAGGCAUCAUCACAAACAUAAGAAGCAACGCAGUAAGAGACGAGAAGACCGUUCACGAUCAAGGACACCAAGUCUUAGUGAUGACAGCCUCUCAGAUGUUGAGCAGCUGUUAAACCUCAAGGAUGAAGGCACAGCAUUCCAUUCUCAGAGAGGUUCACCUCCACCAAAGCCUCCCAAAUCAGUCCCAGCUCCACCACCGCCUCAGCCACCUAGUGGAGGAGGAGGAGGAGGUGGUGGUGGUGGAGGGGGUGGAAGUGGAGACAUUUCCCUCUCCAUUGAGGAGACAAACAAGAUCCGUGCCAAACUGGGCCUGAAGCCAUUGAAGAUUGAGAACUCUGUUGCUAAGACAGAAGGAGAUGAAGAGGAAAGCAAAGGUGACGACAUGGAGGGUGUCAAGGAGCAGAGGGCAGGCACGAGCACACUGGAUGAGUUUGUGCAUAAACCUGCAGAGAACCUAGCUCAGAAGUUACAGGUAGAGAAAUUGAGAGAAAAGAUAGCACUGCAGAGAGAAAAACGUCGCAUCAAGGAAAAGCUGAAGAAAGUGAAGACCCUCGGAGAAUCUGACAGUGAUGAAGAGUCUGCCAGUUCUUGGGUUAAGAAGUCGAGAAUAUUAGAAAAGGAAAAAGCUGCUGCAGAGAAAAGGAGUAAGAUGCUGGAGGAAUUGGAUGCACAGUUUGGCAUUGGAGAUUUGGUUGAAAAGGAGAUGACUGAGCAGAAGACUAAGAAGUACAAUCGUGGUGACCUGUCGGGGAUGCUUAUUGAGCACGAGAUGAAAAGGUUUGAAGAAGGUCGAACAACUAUUUUAACCCUCAAAGACAGCAAUAUCUUGGAUGAUAAAGAAGAUACCCUUGUGAAUGUUAAUAUAGUUGAUGAUGAGCAUGUAGAGAAGAAUCUCAAGCGAAGAUUGAAGAAGGCUGAUGACAAAGAGUAUGAGGCCCCAGAAGUAGACGAAUUUGGGAACAUUGUCCACAAUUCUCUCCUCACCAAAUACGAUGAGGAAAUUGAGGGCGAGAAAAAAACAAGCUUCAGGUUGGGUGCUGGUGGGGAGUCUGUUGCUGCUGAUAUUGAAGAGAGCCAAAGUGGUAUUCCUCCUAGCAUGAGAAAGAUGGCCAAGUUAAGGCAACUACAGUCCCUAGAUUUGCCCCAGACACAGCUAGCUUCUGAAUACUUCACAGAGAAAGAAAUGGUUAGUUUCCGCAAGGUUAAGAAGACUAAGAAAAAGAAGAAGAAGAAGUUAACUGCCGAUGAUUUGGAGCCUCUAGAGGAGGACUCACUGGUGCACCUCGGAUCCAGGACUGCCAGACAUGCCAGGAUUGAGGCCAUGCAAGCAAAUGAGGAGGAGGAAGAGGAUGGAGUGCCUCUAGAGGAUACCAAGCCCAUCGGAAGGAAAGUAGUGACACUCCAUGAUCUGCUUGAAGAAGAAGAGCAGCCGGCUGUGAAAGAGGAGGAAAUGGAGGUGGACGAGGGACAGGAGAGCGAGCAAGACGACAUAGAACUCCAAGAGGCUUUAGCCAGGUCUCGCAGGGCUAAGCUUGCACAGGCAGCUCAGCCAAGCAGUGAGAGAAUCACAGAGCAGUUUAAAAAGGAAAAGGUUAUAGAACAGAUUGAACCAGAGGAUGAUGAAAUGAAAGAAGAUGCUGCAAAUCUCGUCAUGACUCUCAACACCACUGAUGAAUUUUGCCGCACACUAGGAGACAUACCUACUUAUGGUCUGUCAGGAAAUCGUGCAGAAGAAGACCAAAGUAUGUUGCAGCUCCAGCAACCAAAGGAAAAGGAAGCCCAGGAACCACGAGGAGCUUGGGAAGAAGUAGGAAUUGACGACACCCGUGUGGAAAUCACAGACAACAUGACCGCCCCAAUCUUAGAGGAAGAGCCCGAUGCCAGCAAGGGUGUCGCCAACGCUUUGAAGUUAGCUCUUAAGAAGGGUUACUUGGAGAAGACCAAUAUAUCCAAGUCUGCUAAUGCUGCUUUGCAACAUCUCAGAGCAGUUCACUACAGCAUUGAAGACAAAGCAGUCGAUGAUGAUCGAAGGGGAAGUCGAGGCGAGCGAUACAUUGGGCCAGUCACUGAGUUCAAGGAGAAGGAUAAGUACAAGCCAGACGUAAAGUUGGAGUACGUGGAUGAUGAGGGACGCAAACUCAAUGCGAAAGAAGCUUUCAGGUAUUUGUCCCACAAAUUCCAUGGGAAGGGAUCAGGAAAGAAUAAAACCGAGAAACGAAUGAAGAAGUGGAAUGAAGAGUUACUGAUGAAGCACAUGAGUUCCUCAGACACCCCACUGCAGACACUGGAGCGCCAACGAGAAAAGCAGAAACAGCUAGGAGCUGCAUAUCUUGUUUUGUCUGGGAGCAAGACACAGGAAUCCAUGGAUGUCAAAAAAUGAUAGAAAUUGGGCUUUAGAUUGCAUUGUUCAUACCUUUUCUUGUCUCCUGCUCAUUUCUUUUUUUAUUCAUGGCAAAAUAUUUUCUUUUUCAUAUCUAAAAAAUGUAUUUCUUGUUAUAUGGAUGAAACCAGUUCAGAUUUUUUCAUCACCCAAGUGAUAAAUUGGAAACUGUAAAUAUUUUUUGCAAAAAAAUAAUUGUUAGAAAGUCGUAAUUUUACCAAGACUCAGUUUAAUUUUAGACUGCUAUGUAUUUUUGGACAAGGCAAAAAAUAAUAAUGAUGAAGAAAGAAGGCAUACUGGAGGGAUAUACUUAUUAGACAAAUAUAAUCUUUAAGUAUGUAGAACCUUCAUUUUUUUUUUUUUUUUUUUUUUUUUAGGGGGGGAUUUGUGUUAUAUGUAUUUAUAAUUUUAGAUUCCAUGUUUAAAACAAAAUUUCAUUAAUAUAAACAAAACCAAUA